CGCGCCCUCCAUUUUGUUGCCCGCUAUGGCGGCGGCGCACGGGUCGGGGCCGGGAUGCGGCACUUCUGACUGAGGGGCCAGGCCAGGCGGAGGCGUCGGGGGCAGCGGAGCGGCGCACGGCAGAGCCAGCCCGGUCGCCGGGGACGCUGUCAUGUACGGCGCGAGCGGCGGCCGCGCCAAAACCGAGAGGAAAAGUGGCGCGAAGGAGGAGGCCGGGCCGGGCGGCGCCGGCGGCGGGGGGAGCCGAGUGGAGCUGCUGGUGUUCGGCUAUGCCUGCAAGCUGUUCCGGGACGACGAGCGGGCCCUGGCCCUGGAGCAGGGGCAGCACCUCAUCCCCUGGAUGGGGGACCGCAAGAUCCUCAUCGACAGAUACGAUGGGCGCGGUCACCUGCAUGACCUUUCUGAGUACGAUGCUGAGUAUUCCACCUGGAACAGAGAUUACCAGCUCUCGGAAGAGGAGGCGCGAAUAGAGGCCCUGUGUGAUGAAGAGAGGUAUUUAGCCUUGCAUACGGACUUGCUUGAGGAGGAGGCAAGGCAAGAGGAAGAAUAUAAGCGCCUGAGUGAAGCUCUGGCCGAGGACGGGACCUAUAACGCGGUGGGGUUCACCUACGGGAGCGACUACUACGACCCGUCCGAGCCGACCGAGGAGGAGGAGCCUUCCAGACAGAGAGAAAAAAGUGAGGCUGACCACGUGGAGGAGAAUGAGGAGCCCUUCAUUGCCCCUGUGGGACUGAACGUGCCGCCGGAUGUGGAGCUGCCGCCCACAGCCAAAAUGCACGCCAUCAUCGAGCGCACGGCGCGCUUCGUGUGCCGGCAGGGGGCGCAGUUUGAAAUCAUGCUGAAAGCCAGGCAGGCCCGGAACUCGCAGUUUGACUUCCUGCGCUUCGACCACUACCUCAACCCCUACUACAAGUUCAUCCAGAAGGCCAUGAAGGAAGGGCGCUACCCGGUGCUGGCCGAGAGCAGAGGGGACGAGAAGCAGAAGUCGGGGGUCAGCUCGGACAACGAGGACGACGACGACGAGGGCGACGGCAGUUACCUGCACCCGUCUCUCUUCGCCUCCAAGAAGUGUAACCGCCUGGAGGAGCUGAUGAAGCCUCUGAAGGUGGUGGACCCGGAUCACCCCCUCGCCAUGCUGGUCCGCAAAGCCCAGGCCGACAGUCCUGCCCCCACCCCUCCCUCGGCAGAAGGCGCAGCCGGGCAGCCCUCCCAGGUGGAGUACACCUCUGACUCGACUGUGGCCGCCAUGUACUACAGCUACUACAUGCUCCCGGACGGCACCUACUGCCUGGCCCCACCACCCCCGGGCGUCGACGUGGCCACCUACUACAGCACCCUGCCGGCCGCCGUGGCCGUGUCCAGCACUGCCGGAGUGACAGCCACCGCCCCGCCCCCGCCCGGGACCACGCCCCCGCCGCCCCCCACCACCGUGGAGACGAGCAGUGGGGUGACCUCCACCACCAUCACCACAAGUGCGCUCGCUCCCGUGGCCGCCAUCAUCCCCCCGCCCCCCGACAUCCAGCCCGUGAUCGACAAGCUGGCCGAGUACGUGGCCAGGAACGGCCUCAAGUUCGAGACCAGCGUCCGAGCCAAGAACGACCAGAGGUUCGAGUUCCUCCAGCCGUGGCACCAGUACAACCCCUACUAUGAGUUCAAGAAGCAGUUCUUCCUGCAGAAAGAAGGGGGCGACGGCACUCAGCCCCUUUCCUGUCUGCAGGCCGUGUCGGCACCAGAGGAGGCUCCUGCAGAGUCGGCCCCUGAAAAGCCCGGCGACCCGGGGGAGGAAGGUGUGGCUGAGGACCCGGCGGACACGGGAGGGAGAGGCGGCCCAGGGGGCAAGAAGGAGUCGGCGUCCGGGAAGGCUGCCCCGGACGGGAAGCUGGUGAAAGCCUCGUUUGCUCCCAUCAGCUUUGCGAUCAAGGCCAAAGAGAACGACCUGCUUCCCCUGGAGAAGAACCGGGUGAAGCUGGACGACGACAGUGACGACGACGACGAGAGCAAAGAGGGACAGGAGAGCGCGGGGGCCGCUGCGAGCGCCGACCCCGUGGCGGCCCCGCCCUGCGUGGUGGUGGAGGAGAAGCGGCCUCAGCUCACCCAGGAGGAGCUGGAAGCCAAGCAAGCGAAGCAAAAGCUGGAGGACCGCCUGGCCGCUGCCGCCAGGGAGAAGCUGGCCCAGGCGUCCAAGGAGUCGAAGGAGAAGCAGCUGCAAGCGGAGCGGAAGCGGAAAGCCGCUCUGUUCCUGCAAACCCUGAAGAACCCUGCGCCAGAGGCCGAGCUCGGGAAGGCCGAGGAGAGUCCUUUCACCGUGGAGGAAGCCAGCCCUGUGGCCUGCCCUCUCCUGAGUGGGGGCCGACCUCUGCCGCUUGUCGACGUGAAACCCCCGGAAGGGCCCUCGAGCAAAAGCAGGGACCCUCCCCGAGAAGAAGAGAGAGAGAAGAAGAAGAAGAAGCACAAAAAACGGUCUCGAACAAGGUCGCGCUCCCCCAAGUACCACUCGUCGUCCAAGUCCCGGUCCCGGUCCCACUCGAAGGCGAAGCACUCCCUCCCCAGUGCCUACCGCACCGCGCGGCGCUCCAGAAAAAAAUCAAUAAAAACCUCCUCGGGUGAGGAUUUUAAAAAAGAAAGUAUUUUUUAUUUUCUACUUAACUCUAAACCCCAGGAGCUACUGGCAGGUUUUUAAGGAGAUUUAUGAAAUUCCAACAGGCCCUGGGGGACGCACACAUGGCCGUGGGCUGACUGAAACGCCCUGGGCUGGGGUUUGUGUUUAAAGGCGUGGACUUCCCUCGCGCCUGACGCCUGUGGGUGUGACGGUCAGGGCAGCGGAGCCUGUGCCCGUCCUCCCAUCUGCUCCGCAGGAAUUGUGACCGGAGGGGCUCCGCGGCUCAGCGCUGAUUGGCCUCCCGCCCAGAGCCACUGUUGCACUAGGAGCUGCCUUUGCCGGGAGCCAGGUUUUGAAAGAGCAGCUGAGCUUAGUCUCAGGCUGCAGAAACCCUUCAUAAGGGGCCACAGAGCUCACUCCUGGUAAAGCAGGCUUGUUUGUUUUUAAGUAGCUGCUUAGGGCUCAGAGAGAGUUUCCAGCUCUAAACCUUGGGGUGCGCGGUGACGGCCUUUCUCCUGUGGCUGUGGGUCCUCUCCCGCGGGAAAUGCAGGUGUGUAAGCUCUGUGCUUGGGCACAGCUGCCUGUCAGCGUGUAUAAGGGCUCGUCUGACAUCACGUGGUGGACACGGAUAGCGUGGCCUCGGGCCUCCGAGCGGUGACUGGCCAGGAGCUCCCACCUGCCUGUGUCCCAGGCACAGCCGGACGGCAGCUCCGCGGGACCCGCCGGCUGCUCGCUGUGCAGGCGGUCGGCCUCUUCCUGAGGCAGGAGUUCCGCCUUCACAUCGGGUGUGAGCGCAGUCCAGCCCCGGGGUCUGUGGGCCCAGGACUGCGGGUGGCCCUGCGUCAUUGAGUGAGGACGUGCAAUUGUCAAAGCGAGUGGACUUCCUCGUGCCAAGUUCGUUGUAGAAUUCCCCGUGGAGCGUCCGCGGUGCCGGAGCUUUGCCUAAGCAGAGCUUUCCUCGGGGUCUGGUCCCGCCAGCCCAGCCCAUGUUCUUGUGAGUGUGGCGUGUGCCGGGGUCACACACACCCCCUCCCCCCGGGGCACCACACGCACCCAUCACAGCCGCUCCAGGGCGGCCACAGAGCAGGCAGUUCCCACGUAGAUUGUGACCUCGAGCAGAUUGGCCUGGAGAACCUGGUAUAAUAACUGCCCUCCCCUUUGUACCUGUCGCAUGAAUCUU